AUGCAGCGAGUUCAGCGGAAGUUUGGGAGCUUUCUCCCACGGACAGCUGACGAGACACAAAUCGCAACUCUGCUGAACGACUUCAAGGAGGCAGAUCAGAUGCUAGUCAAAAUCAUCGAAGGUGCCAAAGCCUGGCGAGAAGCAUGGGCAGCCAUUCUGCGACACCAACUUUUCCUAGCGGCUGAAUAUGAGACGCUAUACGGACCCAUUCUGGGAGCCAUGGAGGACCACGAGGCAUCACACGUACCAGUUGAAACCCCGCAGCACCUCUUGGAGCAAGUGAAGAAGCUUCGUGCAGUCUACAGCGAACUAAAGACCGACAUGGAAGAGGAGGUAAACACCAUGGACGUAAAACUUAUCAAAACGGCGAAAGACGCUAGAGAAGCUCUUGCACCGAUGCAUAAGAUUAUCAAAAAGAGAGAAGAUAGGAAGCUCGACUUCGAGCGAUACAAGGGCCGUGUAGAGCACGUUGAGAAAAAGGACAAAAGAUCCGAUCGUGAUAACACAGCUCUCGCCAAGCAUCAGAUUGACUUUGAGCAUGCUACGCAGGAAUACCAGUCUGCAGAUGCCCAUCUUCGGACAGUGCUCCCAGGGAUCAUCAAUGCAACCUUUGCGCUGGUGCCGCAUCUGUUGGCCACCCAGAUCAGUAUUCAAAACACCAUAUUAGCGCAGUUUUACACCUUGCUCCACAACUACUGCAACGAGCAGGGAUUUCCUUCACCACCUCCGGAAUGGGAGGAUGUUGUGUCGACCUGGGAUGCCACGUUCACGUCUUUCCGGAAAGAAGUGGAGAGCGGCUUCGGCUUGAUUGCGCAUGGGAAAGCUGUACAUCAGCCCAUGGAGCAACGAGAGGCCUCCAAAGAUGGCAGCAUUACCGGCUUUGGCAUUCGCAACGGCCUUACAGGUAGACGGACAAGCCAUCAGGGGCUCGGAAAACCUCCGCCACCGCCUUCGUCGCGCCGGACGAGUUCUUCGUCGGCAACCGUGUCACCGCCAGCUCUGCCCGGUCCUCCGGCUCUACAAAGCCCUCAACCACCUGCUGUCGAUACAUUCCCCAAACCUAGGAUUGCCUCUUCCAACUCCAUAAGGCCUCGGAUAGGCUACAAUCUUGGCAAACAGUUAUCUCACGACGGUUCAACUGUAAUCACCUCACCUUCACCAGCCACAUCUCCCUCCGUGGGCGCUCAACGUUCUGCAUCUGGAUACUUUGGUGCUGGUGAUACACGGCCUCGUAUCUUCUCAUCCGCUUCUUACUCAUCCCAAAGCCUCGAGCGGACUGUAUCAGCCAACAGCACCGGCUAUGUCCGGACUCCAAUCGCCACCGCGCAGUAUGCCAAUACUGCCACUGGUGGCAUCACGUCCCUAGGUACCGCUGCUUCCCCCUCAUCAAGAGGCUCCUCACCGGACGUCAGCAAGAAGAAACCCCCUCCGCCUCCGCCAAAACCUAAGCGCAUUGGUUCUCAGCUGGCAGAUUUCGUGACAGCACUGUACGAUUUCGAGGGCCAGCACGAUGGUGAUCUAAGCUUCCAAGAGGGUGACAGGAUCAGGGUGAUCAAGAGGACGGACAGUGCCCAGGACUGGUGGGAGGGCGAGGUUCGCGGCGUUAAGGGGAGCUUUCCGGCGAAUUACUGCCAAACUUGA